GGAGCCACUAUUAGUCUAGCAGCAAUUGAUUCAUGCCGGAUUACAGUACAUAUACAUAUAUUAUGAAGAAAGCGGCAAGAAUCAACUGUUCUAAAAUCAAUGAAUGGACCAAAGAUCAUCCCCGCAGACUUUUAUUAUUUCAUAACUUUUUAAUAAUAGAAAUCAGUUUAAGUAUAAGCAUUAAUCCAUUCGAAUAUUAAAACUAAUGUAUUAUAUCAGAUUAUCACUGAUAAUUUCACUACCCAACAGAAGUAAUUGGAUAAAUAAAUCAUUGAACAGUGAUAAACAUAACCACAAUGUCUGUUUCUCGCGUCGAAGAACUAAUCAAUUACUUUAAAUCCCACAACAAAAUCAGGGAACAACAAAGUCAUUCUGCAAAAGUGCACAGUGUAGGAUGGAGUUGUGAUGGAAAACUUUUGGCUUCGGGUUCGUUUGAUAAAUCUGUAUGCAUCUUUUCCCUAGGACCGGAUCGUUUGAAACAAGAGACAACAUUCAGGGGUCACGGUGGUAGCGUGGAUCAGCUUUGCUGGCACGCAUUUUAUCCAGAAUUGUUGUCCACUGCAAGUGGAGACAAAACUGUGCGGAUAUGGGAUACAAGAACACAAAAGUGCACUGCAAAUAUCAGCACACGAGGAGAAAAUAUCAACAUAUCAUGGUCUCCUGAUGGCAAUACAAUAGCAGUGGGGAAUAAAGAAGAUCUGGUUACUUUCAUCGAUGCACGAGUGAUGAGAAUUCGUGCAGAAGAACAAUUCAAUUUUGAAGUAAAUGAAAUUUCAUGGAACAAAGACUCUGAUACAUUUUACCUCACAAACGGGCAAGGCUGUGUACAUAUUCUUAGUUAUCCAGAUUUGGAGUUGUUACAUGUAAUCAAAGCGCAUCCAGGGACUUGCAUUUGUAUAGAAUUUGAUCCCACUGGAAGAUAUUUUGCUACCGGUUCAGCCGAUGCAUUAGUUUCAUUGUGGGAUGCAGAUGAAUUAUGCUGUUUAAGGACAUUCUCAAGAUUAGAAUGGCCAGUUAGAACUAUAUCAUUCUCUUACGAUGGACAGUUGUUAGCAGCUGCAUCUGAGGAUCUUGUUAUAGACAUAGGUGAAGUUGAAACUGGAGAGAAGAUUGCAGAUAUACCCGUGGAAGCAGCAACUUUCACAGUUGCUUGGCAUCCGAAACAAUAUUUAUUAGCAUAUGCAUGUGAUGAUAAAGACACUUAUGAUAGGAAGCGAGAUGCUGGCAGUUUGAAAGUAUAUGGAUUUGCCAAUGAUUAAAUGAUUAUUAAUUUUAGACAUUUUUACUAAUAUAUAUUACUCUGUAUAAAAGCUGAUCUGUUUUAGAUAUUGAAGUCUCCUUGCUCUGAAAAAUGGUUUGUUUACUACAAUGUUUGCUGUAGUAUCUUUUUUAUUAUCAAUAAUAAGUGAAGUAAAUGAGACAACUUGUAUGUAAUAUUUAAAAAAUUACAAUUUAUAUUGAAACAUUCUAUUGAAUUGUAUAUUGCCUUUUAUAGUUGUGCUUGCUACUCAUAUAUUAAUUAAUAAUGUUUACUUAAUAUAUACAUACUCCACUGUUGUGACACAGUUUUGCCAUGGCAACCAGAAGAAGCAUGUACACACAGCAUUCAUUACUUGAUUUUUGUAACUUGGAAAUAUCUUAGAGUUAGCUUUGUACGAAUAUUAAUUUUUCUUUUCAUCUCUA